CUUUGCAGCUAUAAAAAAUAUGAUUUUCCGUGCGCAGUCGCUUGAUAAAAAACCCUCCCCAGCAGAAACACGAAUCGCGUCUCUUUUGCUUCUGCUUCUGCUUCUGCUGAGUAUUUUGUAUUUCUAUUAACGCCUUAAUUUACCUUCUCGAAUUUCCAGUUGUACUUUAUAAACCUUUCUAUUUGUUCUAUUCUCUGACAAGCGGCGCAACAGUAAAGACACAGACAGACACACACAUUCCAAAUGAGCAGCACACCCUCGAAGCAGCCAACAGCGGCGCUGCACCCCGUGUCUCAAGUAAACUUUCGCCUGUCGCAAAGACCGCCAUCGAGCCAAAAGAAAUGUGAGUAGCACGGUCAUUAAGAGACCAAGCCCAGAUGCAAAGCUGUCUGGAUACCGGCUGAACUGGCCGGAUAUGCGCUCAUUCCAUGCUAACGUUCUCUAUCUCUACCUAUCUAUCUACAUCUUUUUCGUUAUUUAUGGCUUCUAUCUUACAUGGACUCUAGCUCGACGACAAGUCCGCAUCUUUGCUCCACUUAUAUCUUUUUUUACCUUAUUGGUAGCUCUAUACACCAGAACCAAACAGACAGUAAAGACAAUGUUCCGUCAGCAUUUCAGCAGUGGGCCCAUGUGGGCGGCAGCAGGUCCGCGUUUGCCUCCCGACCUGAAGGCGCGAUGAAGGCCAAGGAGAAGGCCCGGCUGUCAGUGAUCAAGGGUGUUCUGUCGGACAUUCUGUACGCAGAGAAGAGCGCGUUGGCCGGGGCGUCAUUCUCGCGCGACUCGGACAGCGAUGUGGCAGGGGUGAUCCAGCGGGCCAUCAAGCAGCGGCACGACUCCGUCCAGUCGUACACGGAAGGCGGGCGCGAGGACCUGGCGCAGGCGGAGGCGCUGAGAUUCAAGUACCUCCCGGAGCAGCUCAGCUCGGAGCAGAUCGAGGCGCGCGUCAGGGAAACGAUUGAGCGGCUCGGGGUCAGCGGCAUCAAGGCGAUGGGCACCGUCAUGCGGGAGGUUGGCAUCGACGCCGGGCAGGCGCCCAAGAGCAAGGUCGCAGAGGCAGUCAAGAAGCUGCUGGGAUGAUUGGCUGGGGGGCUUUGCGUAAGCCAGGCUUGGGCGGGAGUUGAUUGGCGAGGGUUUUUUCUUUUUUUUUUUUGACUAGGCAGAGCCUGAUCGUGGCAAACUAUUUUUUUGCUGGCCGCUAAUCGCGGCAGCGGGCAUGCGGCGGGAAGAAGCGUAGGUAGUGUUUUGUCCGAG